AUGCACUGUCUUGCAAAUCCCCCUCCGCGACAACAGCUACUAGAUCCUCGCUUGCGGAACAUCCUUUCGACUGAAUGCCUCUCAACUCCCGCGGGCUCCGAUAUUCGACUGGAUGACCACGUCAAACAUAUGCAACGCAAGGCCCAGAAGGCAUAUCGCAAUGGCAUCGGCAGUAAGGCACUCUGGGUGGCGACUUCGAUAGGCAAGGCGCAAUGCAAGCCUCGAAGUAUCAUCAAUAUGCCCGCACUUGUCCAUAACCGAACUACGUUUGCUUCAGAGGAAGAAAAGCAGAACUGUAUCCGCAAUUUCAUUUGGACAGCGACGAGUGACUGCCCCUCCGGAACUUCCCUUCCCAGACCUCAGCCCUGA